AUGCCGAGAAGAUACAUUGUUGUCAGCUUUGGCUUCCUCUGCUACGUCAUCCUCAACUGUCAACGACUGAAUCUCACCAUGGCUUUGAACGGAGAAACUUUCUACUGGGACACAGCAAUGCAAAGCUACAUCAUAAGCGCCAGUUACAUAGGCUUCGUCAUCACCCAGACGCCUGGCGGAAGGCUUUCCGAGACUGUUGGCGCCAAACAAAUUUUGGUGUUCAGCCUCAUAAUUGCAUCCUUGUGCAACCUCAUCUCACCCAUUGCUGCUAAACUGAAUCCUUAUGCGCUACUGACGUUUCAGCUGAUAAAAGGAAUGUUUUUGAGACCACCUAUUCCUUGGAAGAGCAUCUUUUCUUCCUUGCCUACGUAUGCUCUCAUAAUUGGCAUGUUUGGACAAUAUUGGAUUGGAACACAUUUUUUAACCGUUCAUUCGACAUUCUUAGCCACUAUCCUUAAAUACAAAAUGACUGAGAAUGGCCUUUUAACAUCUGUACCUUUCGUGCUCCAAACGAUAUUUACUAUCGUUUCAAGCGUACUGUCGACUUGGUUGAAUAAAAGAAACUACUUAAACGUAUCCAAGGUCAGAAAAAUGUGGAAUUUUCUGGGAUGCCUUGGAUAUUCCUUGUGUCUAACUGCAAUUAUGGUUUCAAAGUGCGAAACAACGACUACCGUCCUGAGCUCGAUUCUAGCUAUUGGCUUUUCGGGUUUUGCCUACACUGGAUGUAUGAUUGUACCAGGAGAUAUGUCACCUACUUUCGCAGGUUCUUUAAUGGGCGUGAGUUCAACAAUAUCAUCCACAUCAGGAUUCAUUCUUCCAAUUACAGCUGGACUUCUAACGAACGACGAGCAAUCAGUAGGACAAUGGAACAAGUUUUUCAUAAUAUCAAUCUCAGUAGCUAUGAUUUCUGGGAUAUGCUUUGCUGUUUUUGGAUCAGGAGAACUGCAACCCUGGAAUCCUACUAACGUGGAAUGCCCUGAAAAAAAUGCAGAACAAAUGCAACAGGAGACACCGUCCACUGACGUGAAAGAAACGGAAAGUUCAGUCCACAUAUGAAACUUUUUAUUUGACAUCAAAUGAAGGGCUCGAGGCAGAAAUGUUGAAAUAAAUGCGGAACAAAUGCAACAGAAGACAAUGUCCACUGACGUGAAAGAAACGGAACGUUCAGUUUUCACAUAUGAAGCUUUUUAUUUGACAUCAAAUGCUCGGGGCAGAAAUGUGACAAGCCACAAGAAGUGGCUUUUCGAUCAAACUUUUUGUCCCUCAUAAUAAAAAUUGAAAUAAACAUGACGAUAAAUUAUGUCAUUUGGAGAAAAGCAAGUCUGGUUUUAGUAUUGCAGAAGAUCCUUUCAGGCCCUGAGCCUUUCAAAUAUAUAUUGCUUUUAUGCUGUUGAGAUAUA